AUGCGAUUAAUUCCUGUGCCAGACCUUCCUCCAGUUUUUUCUAUUCGUGUUAAAUAUCCCCAGGGAUCUACAUACAAAGCACAUGUGACAUCGGACACUACUAUAGAGCUAUUGCUGAAGUCCGCUAAAGAAUAUCUUGGAGAAGAACAAAAAAAUUAUGACUAUAAGCUUGUAUAUAGUAAGCAGGCCAUGCAAUAUACUGGUACUCUUAAAAAGCUAGAAUUAAAAGAAGGGGAUUUAGUUGAAAUGAAAUUGAUUCCAUUUGAAAUUUAUGCAAAAAUGCAAACUGGUAAAAUUAUAAAACUUCAUGUGACUGCCAGAAACACUGUUUCUGAUAUUAAAAAAAUGAUUGAGGAUAGUGAAGGUAUUUCUCCUGGUCAACAAUGUCUUACUUUUUCUGGCAAGAAACUAAGAAAUGGGUGUACCUUGAGUGAUUGCAAUAUUCAAAAUGAGUCCAUAGUGAAUCUUGUGCCUAGAUCACAUAGAAGUGGGAGCAUGAAAAUUUUUGUGAAAACAUUUACUGGAGGAACUAUUACUCUGUAUGUAGAACCAAGUGACACCAUUGAUAGUGUAACAGAAAUGAUAGAAGAUAAACAAGGUAUUCCUUCUGAUCUACAACGGCUUAUUUUUGCUGGAAAGCAAAUGUUAAGUGGACGUACCUUGAGUGAUUACAAUGUUCAAAAGGAGUCCACAUUGCAUCUUAUAGUUAGAUUAUGUGGAGGAAUGUUUCAGGAAACCAGUGGACGCCUAGAAUUCAGUGUAUUACCGCCACUUACACAAUACCUGCAGCUGCAAGCUCCUGAAAUACAUAUGCAAGGUAGAUCUCAUGUUGGUAUUGUUUGUAAUUAUUGUGGUAAAAAAGAAUGGAAAGGUGCAAGGUUUAACUGCUCAACAUGCCUUGAUUAUGACUUGUGCUAUGAGUGUAUCAAAAUGGCCAACUUGCUUCAUGAUAAGCAACAUAAUUUUGUGGAAUACUUGUAUCCAGUAAAUGAAAAAGAUACUCCAAAAAAAGAUAUCACAACUAAUCCUAUUACUGUAUUACCAAUACUUCCAACAACAAAAGAAGAGAUGUUGAAAUUAUUACAUGAGGAGGAAAAGCGAAGACUGUCACCAGAAAUGCAACAACAAUAUUACAAAGUUGGAAGCGAUCCCACAUCUGGCAAGGACUGGAUGGAUGUCACUGAUCAAAUGCAACAUGAGUUAGUUCGAGAGUUUGGUUACUCGGAUGAGGCUGUACAAUUAUUAAGACGUGCUCCACAACUUUAUCAAGAUGAUCCUGAAUUUUAUAAUACUCAAUUAUAUGUUCGCAACAACAUUGCUUCUGUUGGAGACCUCAAAGAAGGAAUGCCAGCACCUGAUUGUCCACUGGUUUCCUUAAACACUACAACAAUGAAUGUUGAAACUAUCAGUUCACCACCAAAAAUAACUCAAUUGCACUCUCUUUAUAAGCAAGGACGACCUUUUGUUCUUCUUGGUGGAUCACAUACUUGUCCUUUGUAUCGUUACAUAUCUCAUGUGCUUAAUGAGAUUUAUGAGAAAUAUCAAGGAUGUGCAGACUUUUACAUGAUUCAAAUUCGUGAAGCACAUGCCAGUGAUGUUUGGCCUAUUGGUAAUAUUGUUGAUGUUAAAGAGCACCGUACAUUGGAAGAACGAUUAGCAGCUGCACGUGAAAUGGUUAAAGCUACUGAUCUGAAGAUUCCUGUGCUUGCUGAUACAAUGGAUAAUAAUUUUUUGAAGUUGUAUUCACCUUGGCCAUUCCGAUUUUUUGUAAUUGUAGAUGGUAUUUUGAAACUUGUUGGAAUGCCAAAAGAAGCACGAUAUGAUACAACAGAUCUAGUCAAUUGCUUGGACACUCUUAUUUAA